AUGGGGUAUGACAUAACCUCUGUGUUGGGAUCAAAGAGUGAUGAAAAACAAACCACUCUGGUUACUCGUGACUUCCUUGGUGGCUUAUCUUCCAUUGAAACCCAGGAAUUGGAUCUCGACUCCUACGUACCCUUUGGUUGGGAGAGGCACCUAGACCUUAAGGACUGUGAAUUGCAGUCAGGGAAAGUGUACAUUGAAAGAUGCAAGUCUUCAGUGUCUGAACACAAAUUCCAAAUGAAUAAAGUGGAUCCAAAGAUUCAAGACUUGAAUUUUCCUCCUUCUUCAUCCAGAGUGUUGUUGAAGCCUUUCAAAGAAACAAGCUUGGACUUGAAAUUGGCCUCACAUUCGAUGCCAUCAAGCAACUGUCAAAGUGUGUGCACAGUUGAUAAGGUGAAAUCAGCUCUUAAAAGAGUAGAGAAAAAUGCAACACCAAGGAAGAGGUUUUCGCCCUUAAAUUCAUCAUAUUUGUCUUCUGCAUCUGUUUCCUAUUCCUCUUCAUCCUCUUCAGUUAGAGACACCAAAGAUGAAGAUCAUGAAGAGAAGUUGUCUUCACCACUGGCUGCAGGGUGUCCUGGUUGCUUAUCAUAUGUGAUAAUAAGGAAGCAUAAUCCCAUAUGUCCUAUCUGCAACUCUGUUAUUCCUUCUCCAUUGAAGAAGAAACCUAAGAUUGAUCUCAAUGUAUCUCUUUAUGAUAUUGGUGGCAAUUAG